UUCAGGCGUGCAGAAAGGAAAAACAGCCAGCUGUCCAGGACCGGCGGCGUGGUAAGUUGGUUGUGGAGAGAGUGACUAGGGGGGCUGGGUGGUGAGUGGUGUUAGGUUGUUGUGCGGAUAGGUAGGUGGGUGUGUAGGAAAUACUCCGUAAGCCGUGGCGCGAGGGACCUAUCUGCGCCAUGUGGGACUCCUGCUUGUGUAUUGUGCACACGGAGAUGCGGCAUGCCGCUGCGCCGGUUGAGCCGCGCUGAGCGGGCUGCCUACCUGCGUGGUAAGGUAGGUUCGAGGGCUUGACGGCAUGGGGUUGCCGUUGUAUGUUGUAGGCAUUCGCACCAACAACCAACCCUACCUACCACGGUACCUACCCACCUCUACCUCUACCCAGCAAGUUUGCAUGACCGCCAAGUCCCCCUCUUCCUCAGUCUCACUCAAAGAGUCUCGCAAGUAUGUGGGGCCGCCGCCGCAGAGAGCCAAGAGCGGUGUUUCCAGCGCAGCGGUUCAGGUGCACCACCACGCCUACUUGCCCACAACAAAUCUCUCGUCGUGGAAAAGAGCCGCACCCGCUGUCCGCAAUCGUCCGGCUGCGCGCAGCCCGUUUCGGCAGCCUCACUCACGGCCACGGCCGACUCGUCGACGUUUUCUCCGGUCCUGCGCUGCCGUGUGCGGGUGCCCACUGCGCGCCUUGAUCUGCCUGGUACGAGAGAGAGAGAGAGAGAGAGUCAGAGGCAGAGGCAGAGAGAGCAAAACCCCGCCGGAAGCGGGCGCCGCUUGCAUGAACGCAGCGGCAGCGGGCUUGCCUGCUUCGGGCGGCGGGAUGUCGUUUUCGUCGGGAGGUUUGCCGCUCUUUCUCUUUCUCUCUCUCUCUCUCUCGCGUACGUUCGAAGGUUUCUACUCACGGGGUUUUGCUGUGCUGUACAUACAUAGUACGUGGUAUGCUCGCUACCUUUGCGGCGAUACUUUGUACUAGGUACUAGGUACUAGCUGGUGACACCAGCGACAAUGCCAACCGCGGCGUGCGAUUAACCUUCGGGCCCGUCCCGUCUUGGCGAUUUCGGCUACACUAUGUAUCUGGAGCUAGGCCCGCAGGCCCUGGCCGCAGCGGUACAUACGUAGUAGAUGUGGAUGUGCGCGAUGGGCUGAUUAGGGAUGAUGUCACACUGGGGGAUUGGUCUUGCAUUGACUCGCUCGUCCCUCGCGAGU